AUGGACCACAAAGCACCCGUGGAAUCCACCGAGCCUGUCUCCAGACCUGCGGGAUGGAUGUACAAAUCGGGCUCGAUCGGGAAAUUCUCCACGAGCUGGUAUGCCUCGCCGCGCAUCCAGCUCGGCAUGGUUGCCUUCGUCUGCUUCCUCUGUCCUGGCAUGUUUAAUGCCCUCAGUGGACUGGGCGGAGGAGGCAAAUCAGAUCCCAGCCUAGCGGAUAAAAUGAAUAUCGCCCUCUACAGCACCUUCGCAGUAGUAGGUUUCUUCGCCGGUACCAUCGUUAAUCGUCUCGGCGUCCGUCUGGCCCUCUCGUUCGGCGGAAUCGGCUACACCAUUUACUCCAUUAGUCUCCUAGUCUCGGAGCAUAAGUAUGUCCCCGGUUUCAACAUCUUCGCCGGCGCAUUCCUGGGUGUGUGCGCUGGUCUCCUGUGGGCCGCCCAAGGCACAAUCAUGAUGUCCUACCCCUCGGAACACCAAAAAGGCCGGUACUUCGCAUGGUUCUGGGCCAUUUUCAACGUUGGUGCCUGCAUCGGUAGUUUGAUCCCACUCGGCCAAAACAUCCACGUGAAAGAAAACAAAACAGUCGGUGAUGGAACAUACAUCGCUUUCAUCGUCCUUAUGUUCUCAGGUGCAUGUCUAGCCCUGUUCCUAUGCGACGCGGACAAAAUCAUCCGCGCAGACGGAUCCAGAGUCAUCCUGCGCAAACACCCAUCAUGGAAAACAGAAAUAGUAGGCCUUUGGGAAACAAUCCGCAGCGAACCAUGGAUCAUCCUCCUCUUCCCGAUGUUCUGGUCUUCGAACUGGUUCUACACGUACCAGCAGAAUGCGAUUAACGGGGCUUAUUUCAAUACGCGCACGAAGGCACUGAAUGGGUUCUUGUAUUGGUUUGCUCAGAUUGUUGCGGCGGUCAUUAUUGGGCCUCUGCUUGAUGUUGAGAGGGUGAGACGGUCGCUUAGGGCGAAGAUUGCGCUUGUGGCGCUGUUUGUGCUCACGGUUGUUAUUUGGGGGUCUGGGUAUGCUUGGCAGAAGAAGUAUACCAGGGAUGAUGUGAAUGUUGAGAUUCAUCCUGAGUUUAAGGGGUGGGAUUGGUCGACUAAGGGUUAUGUGGGCCCUAUGUUCCUUUAUUUCUUUUAUGGGAUGUAUGAUGCUAUUUGGCAGGGGGUUAUUUACUGGAUCAUGGGCGCUCUGGGAAACUCCGGUCGCAAGUUGGCGAAUCUGGCGGGCUUCUAUAAGGGUUUGCAGUCUGCUGGUGCGGCUGUGAUGUGGUCCCUUGAUGAGAAGAAGCUGCCUUUCAUGAACGAGUACGCUUCCAACUUCGGUCUGCUGUGCGGAUCCAUUCUUGUUGCUGUUCCGGUGGUCUUCUUCAAGAUUAAGGACUCCGUUCCUGUUGAGGAGGAGUUGGAAGGUACUGGGGAGACGCUGGCAGAUGUCCUUCCCCCUGGUGCUGUGGAGUCCAAGCGCACUGGCGAUGAGAAGAUCUGA